AUGAAACUUUCUGCAAUAUUAUCCUUUCUUAGUGAGCGCAUCAUCUGCGUCACAUUGCUGGUCAUGGGCCUUUCUACUCCUGGACAAACAGAAAUCACCAGUCUGGACGCAGCCAACAUCGAUGACAUCCUAAAUAAUGCCGGCGUGUCUUUAGUAAACUUUUAUGCUGACUGGUGCAGAUUUAGUCAGAUGCUCCAUCCCAUCUUUGAGGAGGCGUCCAACAUAGCGCGGGAAGAAUUCCCUGACACCAAGCAGGUGGUGUUUGCACGUGUUGACUGCGACCAGCACUCCGACAUAGCCCAGCGCUACCGCAUCAGCAAGUACCCCACGCUGAAGCUGUUUCGCAACGGCAUGAUGAUGAAGCGGGAGUACAGGGGUCAGAGGUCGGUGGCGGCCUUAGCCGAAUUCAUCCGCCAGCAGCAAGUUGACCCUGUGAAAGAGAUCCAGUCGCCGGAGGAGCUGAAGACUGUGGAUAGGAGCAAAAGGACAAUUAUUGGUUACUUUGAGAAGAAAGAUUCCGACAAUUACCACACUUUUGAAAAAGUCUCCAACAUCCUCCGAGAUGACUGUGUUUUCUUGGCUGCUUUUGGUCCCAUGUCAGAGUCUGAGCGCUUCAACGGGGACAAUAUAAUUUACAAGCCGGUAGGGGAGGGCGUCCCCGACAUGGUCUACCUCGGCUCCCUCACCAACUUUGACCUGACCUACGCUUGGGCUCAGGACAAGUGUGUGCCUCUGGUCAGGGAGAUCACAUUUGAAAACGGAGAGGAGCUCACUGAAGAGGGCAUCCCUUUCCUCAUUCUGUUUCAUCUUAAAGAAGACAAUGAGAGCUUAGAGAAGUUCCAGCGUGAAGUAGCUCGUCAGCUCAUCAGCGAGAAAGGUUCCAUCAACUUCCUGCACGCAGACUGUGACAAGUUCCGCCAUCCUCUCCUGCAUAUUCAGAAAACUCCUGCCGACUGUCCCGUGAUCGCCAUAGACUCGUUUAGGCACAUGUAUGUCUUCCCGGAUUAUAAAGAUCUAGAUACUCCCGGGAAGCUGAAACAGUUUGUAUUGGACCUUCACUCCGGAAAACUUCACAGAGAGUUCCACCACGGUCCGGAUCCCACGGACAGCACACCUGGACAGGAGGACGUAAGGGGCGACCUGGCCAGCCGUCCGCCAGAGAGCUCUUUCCAAAAGCUGGCGCCCAGUGAAACCCGCUACACCAUCCUCAGUCGAGACCGUGACGAGCUGUGA